AUGGCUUAUAGACACUCCAUUACUGAUGGACGUCUCGCAGGUAUCUAUUACAAUAAUACUGGUGGUCAAAGGAGAAGGAAAAAUCUUUCAGGAUUACGGUUCCCUAUGGAUGCUGUACAAAAUGUAUAUGCGUUCUAUUGCGCAGGGGAUGGACCCUCACUAAUUUACGUUGACAGCCAAAGCCCUAUGGCCAAAGGUUGGUACAAGAAAGAACUGGGUACCGAUACCUGGAGAUGGACAUACGCUGGUAUAAAAUCUUACGACUUAAAUAAUGAACUAAUGUGCGAUGAAUGGAUGAAACUUAAGAUAACACUGGAAGGUUGUGGUUGUGGUGGACUGCCAGAAUGUUCAGGUCAUACCAUGUCUCUAGAACAACUAAAAAAAGAACUCGAAAAGGAAGAGAGAGAACAGGAAAAACUAAGGCGGGUGAUGACUAGUGCCGCAGCACAACCUCAACUACAAGAACAAACUCUUCCUCCUGCACCUGUAAGACCCCCUCAAGAUAGUGCAAGCUCUGAUGGUUCUAGAAGAGAUGUGUCCCCUGUGCAUUCUACUAUCAGUUUUACUUCAUCAUCUCAACAAGACGAUACUGGAAUUCCACAUGAAGUAACUAUAGACAUUAAUAAGAGAUCAGUAAUUGGGCAGACUAUUUAUGGAGGUAACGCUUCGACUGUAUACAUAACUCCAAAUUCUACUACUCUAGAUGGUUUUACCGAAUAUAUUCAUAAGGCAUAUGAUAGAAAAGGCGAUUGUUUCACUGUUAAAGAGUUCAAAUAUAGAGGUGAAAAGACUAAUAAUAUACCCAAAACCUCCAAGGUAACCUCAGUUUCUGUUUGCUACUGGGCUGCUCUAGAGACUCGUAAUCAGGAUACUAGUAGACCUCUUCUAGUAAAAAUUACUCAGCGGAAUCCUGGGGAAAUACAGGUUAAGGAAAUUUACUAUGAUAACGUUAGUUCUAAGCUUGAUGACAAUACGCAAUGGAGGUUGUGGACAGAAUUUUCUCCAAAACCGGAUGAGCUAAGAGAUAGACUCACUAGUCUAAACUGCAGUUUGAACUACGUGGUGAACAUAGAUGUUAGCAGGACACGUGGGAACUAUUGUGGUCAUCUUAAGGCUCAUAUUCCCGGAAGAGUUAAGGUUGAAAAUGUAGAUGAUCAUGGUGGCCUUGGAAACUACAAAGCUUAUAAGCAUGAACUGAAUACUAACUCAGGGAACACAUUCCAUAUAUCUGCAUUAAAAUAUGGAAAUGGCAAAAUACUUACUGGCGUACCAACACCUGUUCUUGAUGUCUCUUCUGUUACGGUGUACUUCUGUGCUAGAGAUACUCGUAGUGGAGGUAUUGCACAGAAUCCUCUUAUGAUAUACAUAGACUCUGCAAAACUUGGAAAAGAGAGUAAGUGGUUUCAAAAGCCUGAUAAGGAUACUGAUCCUUGGAAGUCAGUGGAGCUCCUUCCAGAGAAUGAUAGGGCUUACGAUAAGAUAGUUGGCAUUCUUGAUACCCUGUCUAGUCCUUGUAAACUUGCAGAUGUUACCAUAGAUAUUUAUCAGAGAGGGACUUCUUCUGCGCGAAUAUUUUACCCACAUAGUUAUAGUGUGUCUAACAGGAUUCUUGUAACGGGUGUUGGAGGUAGUCCACCUGGUUUUACUGAGUACAAACACACUGAUAACAGUGCAUCAAAAAAUACCUUCACUGUAUCAGGGUUUGAAUACAAUAAGGAAAAGGUUAAAGCUGGUUUGAGUGGAGGUACGAGUAAAGUUACUGGUGUUUCAGUCUAUUAUUGGUCUCCUUUGGAAGAUCCUACCAGGAAGGGUCAUCCAGAUAAGAGAGGUAGGCCUCUUCUUGUCAAGGUGGUUACUAAGGAUCUAGGUGGAGAAGAGAAGAGUACUUAUUAUGAGAAUAAAGGUGAUCCGGGUAAUUUGAAUUGGAUGAAUGUGAAUGAUGAUCUUAAGGGUGCUAAUCUGGAGGUAAAGCUUAAACUUUUAAACUGCAAACUCAAUGAUGCAGUUACGGUGGAUCUCUCUUACACCGCAUCUUAUAAAGGUAACUGGUAUUGUUGUGCUGACCAUAAUAGUAAGGAUAAAAAGAUCUACUUCAGGGAGGUACAAGUUUCCUGUAAACAUAAAUCACCGUCCAUUUCAGCUUAUAGACACUUUAUUGGCGUUGGAGCCACACUAGCAGGUAUAAAAUACCAUGAAGGUGAUAAAGUGAAGAACAUUACUUUAACUGGACAGAGAUUCCCUAUGGAUGGUGUAGAAAGUAUCUCUGUAUUCUACUGUGGAGAAGUUCCAAAACUGAUAUAUCUCGAGGGUGGAGUUUCUACUGUUAGUAAUAAGUGGUUUAAGAGGGAUUCUAGUGAUGCUCCUUGGGAAGAAGUAAGAAGCCUCAACAUAAUACCAGAUAAGUUAACUAAAACUAUAAACUGUAACAAAUAUAACCAAGUUGUGAAUGUACUGAAACACUUUGUUGGAUGUAGCAACUAUCAAGAAUGUAACAAACCCAAAGAGAAUGGUCCUAAACCCUUACUUAAAGCUGCUCCUCAACCUGCUCAUCAUACUACUUCUGAAACUUCUACUCCUCUCACUGCUCCUUCUGUUACUACUCCUGAACCUACUGCUGAAGAACGUGAUCCUGAAGCUAAAGCUCUCGCUGAAAUUCCUAUUGCUGCUACUACUAGUCUAUGGUUAACCUUUGGAGCACCCUCUGCUACUCUUACCGGAGCUGGUGGUCUUACUGGACUUGGUUGGUGGGCAUUUAAACGUUCUAAAGGAGACCCUUGGGUUAGACAGAUUUAG